GCGAAGCACGCCGCCCCAGUGAAGAUGGCGGCUGAGCUGCACCCGCGCAGCGGAAAACUGAUCGGACUGUCGAAUUCGAACAGAACCGCUCAGCGGAACCAACCAGUCCAAGAAUUUAACCACGGGUUGGUUCUAAGCAGAGAGCCACUGAGGGACCGGGAUGUAUUCACCGUCCGUAUUGACAAGAAGGUGAACUCAUGGAGCGGCUCCGUAGAGAUUGGGGUGACUGCUCUGGACCCGGCUUGUCUCGAUUUCCCCAGCAGCGCUACGGGUCUGAAGGGAGGCUCCUGGAUCGUGUCUGGCUGCUCAGUCCUACGCGACGGCCGCUCUGUUCUCGAGGAGUACGGCCGUGAUCUGGACCAGCUGGCCGAGGGCGACCGCGUGGGCAUACAGCGGAGCGCCCGUGGCGAGCUUCACCUGUGGGUGAACGGGCAUGACUGUGGUGCAGCUGCCAGCGGUCUCCCGACGCGCCUCUGGGCAGUGGUGGACCUCUACGGCAAGUGUACGCAAGUGACGGUGGUGAGCUGCGAGCCGCCCUCCUCGAUGGAGAGGGAUACGGAGAGGGAGACGGUGGAGGGGCAUGAGGUGGUGGUGUGCGGGGUCCGGGAGGGAGACACUGAGGAUCUGACGUCAGUGGUGAAUCUGGCAGCAGCGACAAACGGGACGACAGCGGAAGUGCCGGAGCUCCCUCCUAUUCACAACCGACCUGACAAGUUCCCCAACAACAUAGAGCCUGAAACGGCUCUGACGGAGCACCAGCUCUUUGACGUGUUCAACAAUGCCAUCGUGUCCCUCUACCGCUCAGAGGACGAGGGCGGUGAAGGACGAGACCUGGGGGGAGGAACAGGGACAGACUCUGGGACAGGAGGUAGAGGGGACAGGGGGAGCAGCAGUGGCGGGGGAGCUGUCAACAGUAACAGUAGUAACAGUGACAGCGGGGCCGGGACCGGCAAUACCGGAAGCACCAAUAACAGCCCCGCAGGAGGGGUGGGACUUGGGGCGGUGACGGGCGGGAUGAUGACCAAUGACGCGCUGCUGUUCCAUGAGAAGUGCGGUACGCUGAUUAAGCUGAGCAACAACAACAAGACGGCGGAGAGGCGGAGGCCGCUGGAUGAGUUCAACAACGGCGUGGUCAUGACCAACCGGCCGCUCCGACACAACGAGAUGUUUGAGAUCCGUAUAGAUAAGCUGGUGGACAAGUGGUCGGGGUCGAUUGAGAUCGGCGUGACCACACACAACCCCAACAACCUGGACUACCCUGCCACAAUGACAAAUCUGCGCUCAGGUACAAUCAUGAUGAGUGGCUGUGGGAUCCUGACUAACGGCAAGGGGACCCGUCGGGAGUACUGUGAAUUCAGCCUAGACGAACUGCAGGAAGGGGAUCACAUAGGCCUGAUGCACAAGGCCAGCGGAGCUCUUCACUUCUACAUCAAUGGCAUCGACCAAGGCGUGGCGGCGGCCCAGACACCUCCCAUGGUCUACGGAGUGGUCGACCUCUACGGCAUGGCGGUCAAGGUGACCAUCGUCCACAAUCACAACCACAGCGACCGUCUGCGUCGCAACAACGCCAUAAUGCGUGCGCUGUCCCCCGACGUGGGCCGCCCCCGGCCCGCCCUCUCCCUCACCGCCGACCCUGAUGCCACUGACCGCCUCCUCUUCCACACCAACUGUGGGCAAAAGGCGGCCAUCAUCAGUGAAGGCAGGACUGCUCUUCGCCCUCAUGCGACGGACGACUUCAACCACGGCGUGGUCCUGAGUGGCCGUCCGCUGCGCUCCAACGAGGUGUUCCAGGUGCGCAUCGACAAGAUGGUGGACAAGUGGGCGGGCUCCAUUGAGAUUGGCGUGACCACGCACAACCCCGCCUACCUGCAGCUGCCCUCCACCAUGACCAACCUGCGCUCAGGAACGUGGAUGAUGACCGGGAAUGGAGUGAUGCACAACGGAACCACCAUACUGGACGAGUAUGGACACAACCUGGACCGACUCAAAGCGGGGGACACGGUGGGCGUGGUGCGUAAGGAAGACGGGAGCCUCCACUUCUUUGUGAACGGGGUGGCGCAGGGCCCGGCGGCGUGGAACGUCCCGCCCAGCGUCUACGCCGUGGUGGACCUCUACGGCCAGGCCGCACAGGCCACCAUCAUGGACGACAUGGCGGACCUCCCCCCUCUCCCAGAUGACAGCUCGGAGGGCCCCACUGUCAUGUCGCCCGGCAGCCCAUGCUCGGUUGCCGGGGGCAACAGUGCCAACGACCUGCGCUUCCACCAGCUGCACGGCACCAACGCCGUGAUCACCAACGGGGGGCGCACUGCCCUCAGACAGAACUGUCGCUCAGAGUUCAACGACGCCAUCGUCAUCUCCAACAGGUGCCUUCGAGACGGAGAGCUCUUUGAGAUAGUCAUUCAGAAGAUGGUGGACCGUUGGUCGGGGUCAAUAGAAGCAGGUAAGAUAAUGGCAGGUGUGACUUCCAUCAGGCCAGAAGAGCUGGAGUUUCCUAACACCAUGACGGAUAUAGACUACGACACCUGGAUGCUUAGUGGCACGGCCAUCAUGCAGGACGGCAACACCAUGCGUAACAACUACGGCUGUGACCUGGACUCCCUGACCACGGGCAGUAGGAUCGGCAUGAUGCGCUCGGCCACCGGCGACCUCCACUACUACAUCAAUGGGGUGGACCAGGGUGUGGCCUGCACCGGACUGCCGCCAGAUAAAGAGGUGUAUGCGGUGAUAGACCUGUACGGUCAGUGUGUCCAGGUGUCCAUCACCAGUUCCUCUGGCCCUCUGGACAACAGUCUGUGUACCAGCAACAUAACAGAGAAGAGCUUCCCCAUACACUCACCAGUGGCAGGCGUGGCCCACCGGCUUCACAGUAAACAUGGUAAGAACGUGGUUCUGCUGGGCGAGGGCUGCCAGGCCGUCCGGGUAGGAGGAUACGCUCAUGGCAUCGUCUUCAGUGCCAAGGAACUCAAAACAGACGAAUUGUUUGAGGUGAAGAUAGACGAGGUAGAUAACCAGUGGUCUGGUUCCCUCCACAUGGGUCUGACUAGCCUGGCCCCCCCAGAGCUGCCCUCCUGCCCCAUGUCGGGCCUGUCACCCUCCCUCACACAGCUCCGCGCCAAGGUCACCUGGCUGCUGGCAGGGUCAGAGGUCAGACGCAAUGGGGUCCUCCAAAGACAGAACUACGGGGCAUCCCUGGACAGAUUGACGGUGGGGAACCGCGUGGGCGUGAAGAGAUGCAGUGAUGACACAAUGCACGUCCUCAUCGACGGAGAGGACAUGGGAACAGCUGCUACCGCUGUGGCCAAGAAUGUCUAUGCGGUGCUGGACCUGUAUGGUCGUGUGACUGCUGUGUCCAUUGUCAGUUCCUCAGUGCUGGAGGAUGCAGAAAGCAUCAAGGCCCCCUCCCUCUCCUCAGACAGCUGCAGCGAUGGCGAGGAGGACAGCACGCCGGUUGGGAGCAGUAAGCUAGCCCUGGUGCCCAACACUGUCAUGGCCUUCCUGGAGAACCAUGGGAAGAACAUCCAGCUGUCCAAUCAGAACCUGACGGCCGCCCGUGUCUCCAGCUACAACCAGGGCCUUCUGGUCACAGCACAACCCCUGCCCAGACAACAACUGUUCCAGUUUCAGAUCGACCGCCUGAACCCGUCGUGGACGUCGUCCUUGUCACUAGGGGUGAUAGGUCACUCCCCCGACCGCCUCAACUUUCCCUCCACGGCGUGCUGUCUGAAACGCUCUGCCUGGCUGCUGCAGAGAGACUCUGUCUUCCACAACUCACUGAAGAUCUGUGAGAACUAUGGUCCUAACCUGGACACAUGUCCAGAGGGUACAGUAUUGGGUCUACUAGUGGAUGGGAACAGCUGUCUGCACCUCCAUGUGAACGGGAUGGACCAGGGGGUAGCAGCCCAGGACAUCCCCACCCCCUGCUACCCCCUCAUAGACCUCUAUGGGCAGUGUGAACAGGUUACAAUCGUGACUGACAACGUGCCAACCGUGGGAGGGGAGAGCGGUGAGGCGCGUUGCCAAGGCGACAUGGAGAAGGCGGACAUGGUUGACGGGAUCAAAGAGAGUGUGUGCUGGACGCCCCCUCCAGAGGUCAACCCCAACAAGACCUGUGAAUAUCAGGCCCUGUGCUCGCGCUUCAAGGACCUGCUCACGCUGCCAGAUGGUUACUUCAACGAGGAUGCCAAGUAUAACCUGUGUUACUGUGAGUCUUGCCACAAGCUGCGCGGAGACGAGUCCUACUACAAGAGAGGGGAGCCCCCCCGGGACUAUGCCCUGCCCUUCGGCUGGUGCCGCUUCGCUCUGAGGAUCAAGGCCCACUGUGAGGUGUCUAGUGCAUUUAAGAAGUGGCACAUAGCCUACCACGGCACCAGUGUAGGGGCUCUGAGACGCACUCUGGACCAUGCUCAGCUGCUCUCUGGGACUUCGUCCAUCUUCUCUGUGUCUCCGGCAAAGAUGGAGGGUCCUAACGGCUACAGUGAGCCAGAGGAGAACAGCAACAGCCUCCCUGACAGGGAAAGGGACAAGGAGGUUCCCCGGGUACAGCUGUCCCCCACCAUGCGCUAUUCCGGCCUGGAGAUGUUUGCCCCUAAAGUGCAAUUCCGGGACCCUCGUUCUCACUGUUGUCACCAGGCCCAGGUGGGUUUCCAGGUGUGCGUGCGGCCGGGCUCUUAUAAGGUGGGGCCCCAGAACCUUGGAGCCAGCGAGCCCCUUGACCCCCGCUUUAGCAACACAGAAAUCGAGUGGAUCACCAAGGAGCAGGGGGGCACCCUCCUCUACGGCCUACUCAUACGGGUGGAGUGAGGGAGGGAUGAACAGCGGGAUGGAUAGAGUCGAGAUAAGGGAGCUUCUCUAUCCCAGCGGUGCCUCCAAAACCUCUACUCCAUCAACCAAAUUCCAGACUUUGAGACUCUUUGGAAUUUGGGUAAUUUCCCUCCUGUUCCUGGGGGUGGGGGGGGGGGGAUUGUUGACAUUGACAGUUCAGCAUUAUUUUAGUUUAUUUUGGACAAAGUACAUUUUUGUUUGUUUUGGAAUAAUUUUAACAGGGUGGGGCUUUGGUGGAUUCAGAGAAGAACAACAAGACUGACACUGCCUGCACUUUAUGUUUUGAACACUUUGUGGGCUAUUUAAAAAAAAUAUAUAUAUAUAAAAACAAGUAAAAAACAAUCUACUUAUCAUUCACAAUACAACACUCGUUUUUGGUCACCGCAGUUUUUCUUUUAGCACUGUUGUCCUCUCUAGCUCUUGUUUUUAUCACCUUUUAUCCUAGCCUGAUCACUCUCCUCACUCUCUUUUUGGUUCUCAAGUGCAGGGGGGGGGGGGGGGGAUGGUUCUCCUCAGUUCUCAAGGCUGAGUGCACAACCAGAACCUGUCACGUUCCAAGACUUGGACCGUUCCUUAAACCUCCUCGCAAUGGUGACCCCCCCCCAUCUCCUGCUGCUCAGAACGGUCACUGACUAUUGGACUUUAUAAACUAAGGACUUAACCGCGUGUCAAUGGAGGAGGAGAGUGCAAAAUCAAUGAUGAGGAGAAAGACUGGAAAUAACCCUGAACAGGAGAAGGACCUGAGAGCACCUUUUUUAGAGGGAGGAACAAAAAAAAAACCUGGAAGAAAAUGUUUACAGGUGUAACGCUAACCACUGUCUGUCUACAUGUAUGAGUAAGACUCGUCCUCCAUCUCCCUCCCCUCUACUCACACCUGUCCUAGAUUAUUUUUUAAAUUCUUUGUUAGUGGAAAGCGCUUCCCUAAGACGAGGGUACUUUCUCGUUCCCACGUUGCAGAGGUAUAGAUAUAUACACUGUUUCUUGUGGGGGGGGAAGGGUUUAUUCAAUUUCAGUCUGUUUCACCGACAAAGCUAUCCGCAUCUUGAAUAGUGUGAAGUGGCUUCCUCUCCUUAGUCCUCAUCUCCUUUCCUUCACCUGCACUGAUCUGAAGGAAAGGAGCAGAUAGACAUGUAAUGAAUAGAGCCGACAUGAUUCUGUACCAGAUGGGCAUGUUUGUUCUUCAUAACAUAGUACCAUCUGAACUUUACACAAUGUUGUGGCCUGCUGAGCGUGCCUGUCUUCACACGUCGUCGUUUACACUAGAGUUGCGUUCAAGUCUUUAAAGAUUGUAACGUAUCUGUCCCAUUAUGGCGUGGGUGAGCGUACGGGCAGUGUCAGUGAGGCCAUCUCCAUUUUUAAACUAGUACAUUUUCUUCUACUUCUGAGUUGGUAAACAAACUGAAAGGGUGUGCACUGCCACAUAGAGUGUGUUGUUUGAACAGGUAUAAAGCCAAGGUUGGCUAUUUACAGCCACCUGCAGUCAUGGAAUGUUUGCUUACGAGUAUAAUUCAUUGGCUGAUCCCUGGAUGGAAGUUUAUGACGCUUCCUUAACCCAUAGGAAGGCCCACCCAGUUGACUACUUAAUAAUUGUGAAGUCCCUAAUGGCACUGCCCAUGCUCAAACUAGCUUCUGGAGUCCUCUAUAGAACUCUAUGGUCAUUGUUUUAACAGGGAGAAAUGUUCAGAGCCAAUCCUUAUUGGGGUGUGCCCUCACAUUGGUGUGUCCGUGCAAAUACUCAUGGGAAAUGCAGUAUUUAACGAAAUGCAGGCCCUGAUGCUGGUGUUUACAUUGUGAAUGUAAUUCAUUAGGGUUUUUGUCAUUUAGUUUUUUGUGGUCCGUUUACGUUGAAACUAACACCCUUCAUUUGACAUAUUACAUUAAAAAAAGAUUAACACUGGUUCAUUCAUUCCUUCCCCAAAUAUUUGAUUGUAUGUGGACGACUCUAAAGCAUAUCUUCUUUUAACCAUGUAUUUUGUUGCCAAUCUGAUAUAUACCUUACGUAUGACUUACAUUCAUACAUAGCCGCCCCAUCUUGCCAAGUCAUUAUUUUUGACAGAGGAGAAAAACAGGUUGAGUCAAGAUCCAAGGUUCAGUUGACUUUCCUCACACACAACUGUGUAUAACCUAAUUUAUUGCAACAAAAAAGUGGGCUUUGAAGAAGGAAAAAAAAAGAACUCGUUUGCAACGUCCAAUCAAAAUGUGAAAAAUGAUAUGGGGUUAUUUAAAGGCCCAGUGCUGCUUUUUAUGAUAAUACUUUUUUUUCUGUAUGUUGCAUUUGUACAGGCUGUUACAUAACAUGAAAUCAUAUCUUCCUGAUUUGUAAAAAUAAAUGGACAGAGUAUGCACAUGACUCUGGACUGGC